AUGUCAAAACUUUUCAUCCCAACAACCAAUUGUGGUAAAGCGCAUGAAACUGAUAUAUAUGGUUUGGUAAUAACUAACCCAUACACCGUAUCAUGUUCUGGUGACGGCUAUUUAAAACUUUGGAAUAAUAAACUAACCGAGGAUCAAUUGGCGAAGGAUCACGUAAUAAAGGAAUUUGUUACUCCCAUGGGCCUCCAUCAUGUUUCAGCAUUCGAAUCAGUAGAAUCGAAUGGGGAAACAGUAAUUAUAUUAUCUGCAAUUUCGUUCGAUGGAAAGAUAUAUUUCUACCAAAUCGAUUUGAAGGAAGGAAAAUUGGUGAAACUGUCUUUAUUAAAUGCUGAUGACUCAAAACACAGCUAUUGGGCUUGUCAAUGGUAUAUCAGUACUAACCCUAAGAAUCCACACAAGUUUAUUGCAACCACGGUACAGGGGACAACUAAAGUCUGGAAUUUUAUAAUAUUUCAAGAACCAGAGUUAGAUACUGAAACCGGAGAACCCCUGUCCAAUUCAUUAGUUUAUGAACCACAUUUCAACUUUCAGGGAAAAAUAAAUUCCCAGACACCACGAUUUGCAACUGCUGUCGACGUUUCCUCAACUCAAUUGAUUGCUACCGGUUUUUCUGAUGGUUCGGUGGUAGUUUCUCAACUAUCUACGCUGAGACCCGUGUACAACUUUGAAGGGUUCGGUUUGAAAGGGGUUGAAGAAUCAAGCAGUACAAUACGAGACAUUAAAUUCAGUCCAGCAGGAUCAUUAUUGGCAGUUGCUCAUGAUAGUGGCUCUUACGGUUGCGUUUCCUUGUAUGAGACUGAAUUUGGUGAGCGAAUCGGAAAUUUCACAGUUCCCACACAUGGAAACCAAACUACUAUAGCAUCAUAUGCUCAUAAUGGAUGGGUGUUCUCAGUUUCUUUUAACAGCACUGGUGAAUACCUUGCAUCUGCUGGAUAUGAUGGGAAGAUAAGAAUAUGGGAUACCAAAUCCAGAGAAAGAGUGUCGACUUUAAAUGUAAACACCACUGAUAUUGAAAUCGAAGAAGAUAUCGUUUUAGAAGACGAACACGGAGAUUCUUUAGAAGUCCCACCAGUGCUUGCCGUAUCAUUUUUCGAUAAAUGUGUUCGUUCAGGAAUGGGUGGUAGUACAAACGAGGGUAUUUGCUGCGUGUGCUCUGAUAGAAGUAUACGGUGGUAUAGAGAGGCAGGCGGUAUCUGA